AUGGCGAGACUUACUGCGUAUAGCAUCUGGAUAGUCGCCUUCUGCUGUCUCGGUAGUUGGACCUACGGCUUCUCGUUUGCAGUCUUCGUUACUAGCAUUGGCCGGCCUGGUUUUUAUGUGUACUUUGAUCUCGAUCCUACCUCUUCGUAUACUGCCUCAAUCCUAGGCGCAAUCAACUCCCUUUUCGCGUUCGGGGCAGCUGUCGGCGCCGUAUCCCAAGGAUGGACCUCGAACUGGCUGGGUCGCAAAUGGAGUCUCUUCCUCGCAUCACUUCUUUGCGUCAUCGGUGGAGCCCUCACGGCUGGAAGCGUCAGUAUUCCCAUGAUCAUUAUAUGCCGUUUCAUUCAAGGACUCGAACUAGGGCAGGUCAUCUGCCUGACCCCUCUUUACGUGUCUGAAGUGAGCCCACCCAAGUCACGAGGUAUCCUUCUGGGCAUGUUCACGAUCGGUAUUGGCAUUGGUUACAGCGUCUGCGCCUGGAUCGGCUUCGCAACCUAUUACGCCAAGGACGAAACAGUCCAGUGGCGUACACCCCUCGCGCUGGCCUGCUUUACUCCCUCCAUCAUUUGCGCCGGCGUCUUCUUCAUUCUGGAAUCUCCCCGCUGGCUCGUCUACGAGCACCGCAAAGAUGAAGCAUGGACCAUAACCCAACGCCUCCACCACGACUCCACCGACGCCGCCGACCUUGCCGCCCACGCCGAGUACCUCCAAGUCGUCGAGCAAGUCGAGUACGAGCGCCAAUUCAAAACCACCUACCUCGAGAUGUUCCGCAACCCAGCCUGGCGCAAGCGCAGCCUCCUCGUCAUGUUCCUCCUCUUCGCGGGCCAAUCCACCGGCGUGCUCGGCAUCGGCAACUACAUCGUUAUCGUGUACCAAAACCUCGGGCUUACAGGCUCAAUGCCGCUCCUACUCAACGCCGUUUACACCUGCACCGGCACCUCCGUAACCGUCCUGUCCAGCUUCAUCAUGGACAAAGUCGGCCGUCGCCGCCUCUUCCUCAUCGGCUUCCCGCUCACCACGUUGGCGCUCCUGACCGAAGCGCUCUUGACUCGGCAGUACGCCAAGUCUGACAACAAAGCUGGGAACGCGGCCGCCGUCUUCUUCCUCUUCUUCUACAUCGUCGUCUACGACAUCUUCAUCGACCCGCCGUCGUUCGUGUAUGCGGCCGAGAUCUGGCCCACGGCGAUCAGACCCAAGGGCAUCGCGCUCGCGUUCGCGGCCUACUUUGUGGGCGCGAUUACGUAUACGACGCCGGCGGCGGUGGCAUUUAAGAAUAUUGGAUGGAAGUUCUAUCUCGUCUGGAUUGGGUGUAAUGUGGUUAGUACGAUUGUGAUCUACUUCUAUCUACCCGAGAGCAAGGGGCGCAGUAUGGAGGAGAUGGGGGAUCUGUUCGGGGACGUCGUGGUCGUGCAUCUAGCGCAAGAUGGGAAGGGAUUAGUGAAGGGAGAUUUAGACCUGCCGGUGUCUGUUAGUGAGAAGGAGGCUGUGAUUAUGGUUGAGAAUCACGCUGCGGAGGUGUGAGGCUCGCCGGUGCUUAUUACGGCAAUCAGUUGGGUAGGCUUGUUGUGCUUGCUGUUUGGGUUGGCUUGAUAUGUUUUCCCGAGAAAGCUGGACAAACGCACUUGGUUGUGAGAGUCGUUUGACUACCUGUAUCUCAUUUUUUUUUUGACGUUUCCGUCAUUUGAUAGGAUUACAAGCGCACCCGUCGUAUUUCUGAUCACUUCUACAAUCAGGCGUUGUGGCUCGACGUCUUCAAACGGGCGGAUCCUGGGACCAGGCAAAAGCUCUGCUGAAAGUCUGUGAACCGCAGAAUGAAGAUUCCGUUGUGGAUGUAAUAUGGGAAGCAAGGAUAUGCACGUGACCAAUAGUGGUACCAAAAUUUGUUUGAUUCCAUGGUGAAAGCCAGUGGCUCCU